AUUCAGCCGCACUUUUCAGACCAUAUAAAUAUCCAGUAAAAUAGCAUGCGCUAAUGCUAUACACCAACUACUACAGCUGUUGCCGAAGCUUGCAAGUUUAGCCAUCUUCCCCACUUUCCCAUUCUUGCUUCUUUUGCUGCACCAAUUAAGGAACACAAACUGCAGAGUUUUCUGUUAUUGAGUCGACAUAAACUGCCACGUGAUGGGAAACAGCGAAUCAUCACCUGAAGAUGAAUAUGAAAAUUUUUCACGUCAACCGGCUGUACACGGAGGAUACACGGUUGAUGCUGGCUACAGACCUCAAUCUCCAGAGCAUGCCACCAGUUCGACACCAUCUAGUUAUCAGCAUCAUAUCCCGUCAGAUACAACAACUUCGACGAGUACUAGCUAUAGGAAGAAACAGCACUCUGCAUACAUAGCAGAUAACUUCAACUCUUUGGACGAGGUUAUCAAUGCAUUAAGAGAAGCUGGCCUGGAGUCAUCAAAUUUAAUCCUUGGAAUCGAUUUUACCAAGAGCAACGAAUGGACAGGGAAGUAUUCUUUCCACAGAAAAAGCCUCCAUGCUAUCGGUAGCACUCCUAACCCAUACGAGCAAGCCAUUUCCAUUAUUGGAAGGACUUUAUCUCCCUUUGACGAAGACAAUUUAAUACCUUGCUUUGGAUUUGGUGAUGCAACGACACAUGAUCAACAUGUAUUCAGCUUUUACCCCGAUCAUCGACCUUGCAAUGGAUUUGAGGAAGCACUUGCACGAUAUAGAGAAAUUGUUCCACUUCUGAAUCUAUCGGGUCCAACAUCGUUUGCUCCAGUAAUUGAUGCAGCGGUUCAUAUUGUGGAAAAGAGCAAUUUUCAGUAUCAUGUCCUUGUUAUCAUCGCAGAUGGACAGGUAACUAGAAGUCCCGACACGUUACCUGGAAAGUUAAGUCCUCAAGAACAAGCAACUAUCAAUUCUGUAGUUGCUGCAAGCGAAUAUCCCCUCUCCAUCAUUCUUGUCGGUGUGGGAGAUGGACCGUGGGAUGAGAUGAAAGAAUUCGAUGAUAACCUUCCUCAACGAGCAUUUGACAAUUUUCAGUUUGUCAACUUCACAAAGAUUAUAUCCGAGCAGACGGAGACAGAUAAAAAGGAAUCAGCUUUUGCCCUUGCUGCGUUGAUGGAAAUUCCACUUCAGUUCAAAGCAACACUGACACUACGAUAUACCGAAAGUCACAGUUCAGGUCCUAGGAAACAACCUCUUCCUCCUCCUCAUGCAAUAAUCGACCACGACAAGGAGAAAGCUACAAGAUCAAUUGCACAUAUGAGCAGCCUAGAACCAGCUGAAUCUGCAGGACCACCGGCUGAACAAGCAUGCCCGAUCUGCUUAACCAAUCGGAAGGACUUGGCUUUCGGGUGUGGACAUCUGACAUGCAAGGAUUGUGGUGCGACGUUAACUUUGUGCCCCUUGUGCCGGAAGCCUAUCACUACUCGUCUUCGACUUUACGGUUGAAAUGGAGACUCGUAGCUCGAACGUCGGAAGGUUUUCCCGAUUGAAUAUGCAACUCAUCUUGAAAUCUGAGGCCUAGCUUCUAUGUUUGGUCUUCUUUGUGUCAUUAUGUAUUUUCAUUCCUUUCGAGUUCAACAAUGGGAGUGGUUGUUCAAAGCAAUAUGUACAAGUCCUUUUUCCUUUUUUGACAAA